AUGUUGGGAGUUUCCGUGGCUCUUUCUGCUGUGGUGGUGGGGAUAAUUGUCUACCGUAACAGAGCAAAGAGGAAUAAACGGUAUUUCAUUCAAAUGUUAAUAUCACUCAAAUUUAGAAUAUUAUGCUUUGUUGCUGAAUUGUUCCAUGAUAAAAACAUACAUGCGGAAAUAGGCGAUAUUGUUUUUAUGUAAGUGUCUGGGCAUGUCUGUCUGGUGUCGUACUCACUCCCAAGCCACAAGUGACCUUUCUUACAGGCCAAGGCAGUGUAACUCUUGACCAAAUUGUAUCAACUAGGAAGCCGUCGCUGAUUUAAGCAUUACCACAAGCCCAUGAUUAAUGACGAGAAAUUUCAUUUAUAUUUAAUUUGCACUUUGAUCCAGUGAGUCUGACAUAACUGAGCUGAUGUUGCUGGAAGUCCCACCCGAAUGGGUUACUACCAUGGAGUUACUGGGACGAGGUGCUUUUGGAAGAGUUUAUAAGAGCGUGAUGAGGAGGCUACCUGAAAAGAUGACAUCCUCCAAACCCAAGGAUCACAGUUUGGAUUCGCAUGAGGGACGUAUUGUUGCUACAAAAGUUCUACAAGGUGCGUGAAUUCAGAAUAUGACAAAAAGAUGACUUACUCUUUCAACAGACGUGUCAAUGCUAAACUGAUUUACGGGAGUGACUCUUAACAGGUUUGAAUUAUUUAAUCCGAUAGGCAGCAAAUAUUAUAUUGUGGAAAACAGCAUCUCAAUACCCCAAUCAGUAACAGGGCGAUGUACCUUAGGGGUCCAUUUUAGGUCCUUUUUUUUCCUAUGUAUAUAAUGACCUCCCUGACUGCUUGCACGCUUAUAAUACUUAAGUGUCGCCGCGGGCCUCCGCUAAAUCGAUUGUCGGAUAGACGUUUUGUAAUGAAUAUAUCAAUGUAGACAUAAAAACCUUUAGUGGGAUCAGCACAUUAAUAAGGUGUGCUCCAAGGUUAUAAGUGGUCUUAGGCAGACUCAAGAUUAUGUGUCAUUAAAUGUAUUGAAAAGUAUAUAGCGCUUUAAUCUAGCCUAUCUUUCGCUACUAUGACGCUGAAUGGGUUAACCUGAAUAUACGGGUAUUGUAGUAAAAAAUUGCAAAACAGUGCAGUCCACAUAAUUACUUCUCAGGGCUGUGACACGAUAUCCAAUUAUUAAACCAAAAUGUUAGUGCAUCCCUUCGUAAUGUGUAGAUUGGUCGUUCGGAUUCUCUUCUGUGGUCUUCCGAAAUACGUUAUUCACAGGUUUUAGGUCAGUUGAGGACUUUCUCUGAUCGUGUGUGGUUGUAAAUAUGACCACAUUACUGCUUUACCUAAAGAAUUACAUUGGCUUCCCCUGGAGCAUGAGUGGUGGAUUUUAAAUUAUUCAAGUCCGACCUAUAAUCGUCAUUUGUUUCAAACUUACAAGCUCUCAGGAGUCUACGAUCAUUAACCAUGAACUUGUUAGUGACACCCAGAUCAAGGUUAAAAUUUUAUCGCACGAUCAUGCUUUUUCGUUUUGUGGCCCUAAACUUUAGAAUGAUUCUCCAGAGCACUUACAGUGUAAAAUGGAGUUUGAAUAUUUGUUAAAGCUUUAAAAAAAACUUCUAAGCGUUAUUUUUAUUUCUUAGUCUUGUUUAACAAUUUUUCUUUUUUGUAAUGUCACGAGCUACUGCUUUCUAGUCGUUUAAGUUGAAAACAUUUAUUCUAAAGCGCCUUAGAGCUUCAUGAUGAUAAUGAUGAUUAUGACAAUGAGGACGAUGACGGUGAGCCGAAAACACUUGAUGAAAGCCAACUACAAGAGCAUAAUGGUGAUAUCCCUGUCAAUGCAGAGUCAAUGAAAAUGAGACAAUUGGAUAGAUACGUCAGAAUUACAAGUGUAUACUCAAGGAGGGGGACAUUGGGGAGUACCCAAUACCGUAAUACCGUAAGAAAAAUUGGCAAAUACUGAAAUACCGUGCCGAAAAUCGACGAUAUACCGAUACCGCAUUUAUGAUCGGUCACUGUUACUUAACGUUGUAUCCAUCUCGCGUAUUUUUUAUCUCAAGCAUGUAUACACCAGAAAUCAACCUCAGUCGCGAGAAAACGUGAGAUCGCGAAUUGAUCGGUAUAACGAUCGAAAAGCCAGGUUAUUGGAUGUCGUACUAAUUUCAUCAUAGAGUAACCGUCAGAAAUUGUGUAUUCAUUUACCGUUAAGUCUAAAGUCUUCCAAAUAUUGACCUACAUUAGACAGGAGAAGCCAAAUGAACGGUACCGCAAUACCAGGAAGGAUAUUCUUUUACCGAGUACCGUUAGCCAGAAGGAUGAAAAACCACAUACCCCAGGGCUGGAUGAUACCGCAAUACCGGACAUUAAAAUCAAAAUUACCGAAACACCGCUUGAAAAAAAGCUCAAGACCGCGAUACGGUAAACCUCCAUGUCCUCAAGGAAAGUCAUAUGACUGGAGAUGAAGUGCCUGUGGGUCGAGAAUAGGGAAGCAAUUAAUUACACAAAACGUGGCAUCUAGAAUUAAAAAGACAAGUUUCUGGACUAAAAGAUCAUCCAGUAUUACAUCAUGUUACAUGUCGUGCUUGGUGAUCGCUAGAUGAAGAGAGCUAACGGUUUUUCUUUGAGACUUUGUUUUAUCUACGUCACUUAACUUAGGGAACCAUUUUUUUUAACAAAUAGAUUUUUUUUUCUCAAGCAGAAAUUAGGAUCUGAGCUAUUGACUGUGUUUUAUUUUCAUAGGUUAAAUAUGCUUUCAUUUUAAUUAGUUCUUUUUUUCUUUACAUCUGGUUUUAGUUGUUUAAUACUAACUGAUAUCGUGUAGCCUAUACGUAGGUCACAGUUACCUGGAUUUUUCUUUAAAUGUCUUUUGUUUUUUUAGAAAAUGCCACGGAGGAGGACAAACGGCAGUUAGUUCGGGAAAUUGAGCUGAUGAAGGAAGUCGGGACACACCGUAAUAUUGUGAGCAUGCUCGGGUACUGGAUCCAAUCACCUACCAUUAUGUUAAUCAUGGAAUAUGUUCCAAACGGAGAUCUUCUUCAGUGGCUCAGAAACAAAAGGCGACAGGUAUCAUUACUUUACUUUUGUUUAAAAAAAUAUCUUCUCUCCAUUCGCAAUAGGGCUGCGUACAGGUAUUAUUUAUAGACCUCAAACUCAGACAAACAAAUUCCUCAAUUUUGUUUGUCUUUUUGUCAUUGAAAUGUCAAGUUUCUCUGACUUUUGUCAUGAAAAUAACAAAAACGGCAAAUUUCAGACAAACAUGGCAAAUUAGUCACCCUGACGUCAUUAGUAUUCUGUGCUACACUUUAAUUUCCUAAUGAACAUCGUCCUGGGCGUGUAUGUUCUUUUUCUUACAUUGUGUGGUCUCUUAAGGCAGAAGGAAAAUCCUCUAUCUCAUCACACGUCCAAACACCAUCUCCUUCAUUAAAAAUAAUAAGAGAAUGGAACUUAAUACCCUAUUCGGAAGUCCAACACCAUCUCGAGUUUUAAAAGAUCACUUAAGACGUACUUGUUUACUAAAUUCAGUAAUAACAGAUCAUUGUUUCUAUAGAUUUGUAUAUAUUGCGUUAGUUUUAAUUUUUCCCUUUUUCAAUCAUUAUGAAUAAAAUAGUUUAAUAGUUGCUUUAGUUUUAAUUUUUUCCUUUUUACUCAUUGUAAAUAUAAUAGGAUAUGUUUGUAAAUUUGUAAAUAUUUAUCAUUAAUGUUGUUUACAUGACUGUAAAGCGCCUUGAACAUAGGAUAAGAGCGCUAUAGAAAUAAAGUUAUUAUUAUUAUUAUUAUUAUUAUUAGUAAACAACUUGAUGUGAGAAUUUGUACAUGUUGCCUUUAAUUUAAGUUCUCAAAGACAGAGGUGCACUUAAAAAUGUAAAUAUCAAUGCAACCGGAUAUUCGUAUUUUUCCAAACGCGGUUUAUACAGCCAGACUGUUUAGAUGCUAUUCAUGUAUUCGGAAAACAAAGAUUGGUAAAUACACAAAAAUUUGUGUUCAACACUGAGUUAAAAAAGUCAAGCUUGCGCCGUUAGGAUCAGUUAAGGUUUCCGGGAAACUGCCCACCUAUCCCUCCCCCAAGCCAUAUUUUGCCCUAAGUGAGAAGGUAGUGUUAAUGUUGUCUUAGGGGAGGGGUAGUUGGUCAGAAAAGAAAAAAAAAAACCUUGACGUUUUGAGCGUUUCCCCCAGGGGGUACUCCCUCCCGAUAGGAUGAGGAUCUCCGUCCUUAAUUAUGGUAUCCUUGUUGCCCUUAUUGGCGCAGUGUUGCCGAUGUGAUCCUUAGAUAGGGUACCGUUAUUCUAUCAGGUAAAAUUCACGUGCGUUAAUGCCCAACACACGAGAAACAAAUCACAGAUCUGUUAAGACUGAACUUUACCCUAGAGGAGCGCGAUCUGUUUCUAUUAACUCUUAGGUUUUGUUUUUCCCUUGAACUGGGCCUCAUUUUCCUUUUUUGGGUCUUCAAUAGGAUAUCAUAUUGGUUUUCGCUUGUCUCAACUUUUCGAAAUUUUUUAGCGUUCCCCCCUCCCCCCAGGAGGGCGUUAACCUUUUCUGGUCAGAAUGAAUCACGGGAUUACUAAUGGUGGAGCUACUCUAUUGUCUGAACAUGGUAACAAGACAAGAAUAGUUUACUUCAACGAACGUUUUUCAUCCUAGUAAUUUACUUAUUUCUUUUCUCAUUUUCCCAUGUAUUCACCAAUAGUUGAGGUCCGCCAUUUGAUAAACCGUCCUUGAUUCAAGCUGACAAAGGGCUUCCACUCAAAAUGCCCGUCAGCUUUUCGAUCCACGGUCUUUCAAUGGUGACAAGAUGAGUUAUUCAAAUCAACCGAUAACACCAGAGUUUUGCUUUUCACCCUCCGUCCGACGUAGUAGAAAAGUUUCUUUUUAAAAAAGACCCUUCAAAAUAUUUUGGUGGCGAUAAUGAUUGUCCGUCCAGAGUUUCAAAACCGCCGCCCGUUUAGCUCAAUGGGGUAAGCGCCGGUCUGCUGAGCGGGAGGCCGUAGGUUCAAACCCCGGCCGGAGCAAAACUCAGGGUCUUUAAAUAACUGCGGAUAAAGUGCUGCCUUUUGGAUAACAUCUGCAAACGGUUUGACUUUCUAGCCUUCUCGGAUAAGAACGAUAAACCGUAGGCCCCGUCUCACAAGCCCUUGCACAUGUAAUAAAUCUGUGCGACGUUAAAGAGCCCACACACUCUUCGUAAAGAGUAGGGCACGUAGUGCCCGGUGUAGAGGUUUAUCUAACUUUCACACUCAUGUAUGGGGGCAUCAUUACUCAUUCCUUCAUUACUUGUAAACUGCACCUCAAGCAGUCUGACAAAGUCCCCCAAACAUUGUUGUAAAUUAUACCUGAAAAGCCCUGAGGGGAGUGGAUAAUAUGAUAAUUACACACACAUUACGCGUCCCGAAAGCCCUGUACGAGAUAUGACGUCACAAGUGACAUUAGGUCAAACCAAAUAUCAAGAAGCACACGUCGCGUCAUUGGGACUGUGUAUCUUAAAAUGUCAUAGAAAAUUAUAACAAAGCAGAAGAAAAGCUUUGUUUCUAUUGCAGUUUAAUCCAUUUGAGUUUUCCGAGGACGAUUUAAAGAAAGUUGGCCCAUACGGUAUUCUCGUCUAGAUUUUCAGUUUAACGUCGGUUAAGUAAUCUUUCAAUUCACAUGGAUUUCCUAUAAAUGGGUAAAAAUAUUUCGGCUAACCAACUGAUAGUGUUGAAAUUGUUUCUGCUGACAAAACCGUUCCAUGAUCAGACGGAAUUCAUUUCAAUAUUUUUUUGCAGCUUACAAUGAGAAAGAGUCGGCAAAGUGAUGUCGUUGAAAGGCUUAAGCUUCCUGUUCCUGAGAGGCCGAAAUUGGUGUCCAGGAACCUGCAAACAAGAGAUGUCCUGGAUGAAAACCUGAAAGAGGAGAACAGGGAAAGAAAUAAUGAAGGAAGUGGAAAAGACGGUGGUUAUCGUUCCAGCGGGACGAAGAAAAUUAAAAUCGACCUGGACGACGUUGAAAGAGGAAUUCUAAUCAACGGUGCUCCUCGAUCUGAGAUGGAACCUCUCUGCUCAAGCCUGGAAGACGAAGAUGACAAGGAGGAAGAAGAGAGUGACGAUGUCAAAGCGUCAUUGCUACAAAAUAAAGAGCGAAAGGGACCGGUUACGUCGGUGAUGGUGUUACCUUCGAUCAGUAUUGCCCAUUUCUCCAAAGAGAAAACGCUCACUUCCGCUGAGCCUUUAAGAAACGUCGAAGAAAAGAUCACCAUCGAGAAAGAAGAAGGCAGCUGUGAGGGCAAGGAAGAUGAUGAUGAAGAAGACAUUUCUGGGAAAGAAGUUCUAUGUUAUGCGUGGCAGAUUGCUAAGGGGAUGGUAAGAACUUUUUCGACCCAAGAAUGCCUUUAGCCAUUUAGUCAUCAUUUGCAAAUCACAAAAUACUGUCUCCUCCCCGUAUUUAAAAUACUUUACUACUAGUUUUUCUGUGUCUGCAAGUAUUAUGCUAUCCGGUCAAGAGACGGCAGAUUUUUCAAGCAUUCAAAUUGCUGCGUUAAUUAUAACAGGCCAUUAUAGGGCUAACUACUAUCUUGCGGAAUUUUUCGUGGAACAUAGCACACAUAAAACUGAGCCGUUUGAUUUUAAAAAAAGGUCAAAAAAGAUUUUUUUUAUAGCCCGAGAAGCCUAAAAAUCACAUGGAGCCGUCGUGAAGGUACCUAAUGAAAAAUCAGGUCUGUUCGUAUUUUCGAAAAGGUGUCUAAUGAAUACAGUCAUAUGACCUGAAUAAGGCUAAGCUAUCAGUUAUUUAAUUUGAAUCGUACAAGCCUGACAUUCAGGGACGUAGCCAGCUUUUUGGCUAGUUGUAGGCCUGGAUGACUUUCACUUCCACAUAUCCUGAAAAUUGUACGCAUGACCAGUACGCACUGACCUCACCAACACUUUGAGCUCUUGUGUUUUUUCAGCUCACUCCAACAACGCAUAAUUUAUUACAAGCGGUAGAGUGAUCAAACCAAAAAUUUGAAGGCCCGGGCCUACAGGGCUAUGGGCUGGCUACGCCCCUGAGAAAAGAAGGGAAGUAGAGGGAAGAAAAAGCAAUGGUUAAAUGUGUUUUCGGGACUGGAAGACUGAGCAGCAAGGACUUUCUAGAUAAAUACUCCCGUAAUCGGAAUCUUGGAAAGCGCAAUAAACGGUCUGCAAGUGGAACUGAUGGCUGAAGCUAAGGGAUUGCUUUUUGUAAACGGCCACCAUGAUGGUAUUUGCUAACUGUUGUAAGCUCAAUUGAUAUAUCUGGUGGCUCAGCUGUAUAUUUGGUUUUUGGGUUUAACAAAUAACACUCUCCCGGUGAUCCGCAUAACUCUGCCUCAUCCAAUAAUUGCUGUUUAUUCAUUGGUAUGAAUGAACCUUUUUUUUAACGAAAAAAAUCUAAUCUCUAAAUGAAUAAUGUUCACUGAGGUAUGCCGUUUUGGGUGACUUCGAAAUAGAAAUCAGCAGUAUAGUAAGAACCAAGAGGUUUUUUUUUUCCUUUUUCGGGCGUGGCAGUCCAAGGAGGGCUUGAUUCCUCUCACCCCAAGUCUCCCUGAAAAACAGCAUUUAAUUAAGUGUCAACCGGUGUCAAUGGGCUUUCUUUCGCGGUUGAAAAACUUAAAAACCUUAUUUUUCAGCCAUUAUUCACCCCUUCGAGUUAUCGAGGGUAAAAUUGUGAUCUAAAGGGAAACAAAAAUUACUUCGAGUUAGCGGAAGUUUCGAGUUAUCGAGGGUUCGAGUUACCGACGGUAAAUUACAGUAAAGGAAAUCCAGGGGAAAUCGAUUCUGGUUCGAGUUAGUACAAGGUUCGAGUUAGCGAGGGUUCGAGCUGGAGUCGACUGUAGUUCACCUAGCUUGUUCAACGGCUUUUUAUGCUGAAAAGUAUACGUCGCGGGGAUUUCUUGGCCAAUUCCUUAAUUUGUUUCUUGUUUUCCAACAGCUGUGACGGAAAUCCUUCCUCCAUUCUUCAUGAAUAGACCGACGAUCACUUCCUCCCGCUUUCCGGACCGUUUGCCAGGCACAGCUUGCAGUAGCCUGUUCCAGGCUCUCGAUAGUAGGGGUGGCACCGGCAAAAAUAAGACAAAAAAGCGUAAGGCACCGGCAAAAAUAUGAAAGCGUGAUCUAGGAAAAAGGGGCGCUAGUGGCAACGAUAUCCCGAUUAAACUGCUAUCCCCCUGCCGUAUCGUAAAAUCGAGCUUCCAUUUUGAUUUUAUAUUGGAAAUUUUUUGUUGAUCUAAAGGUAUCUGGUAACUAAAAAUUGUUUGAGAAAUAAUUUCGUUAUUUCUCUGCCAGGAAUACUUGGCCAGCAAAGGAUUCAUUCAUCGUGACCUGGCAGCCCGUAAUAUCCUACUUGGUGAGGACAAGGCGGUGAAGAUUGCUGAUUUUGGUUUGUUACGCCACACAAAUGAGAGUGAAGUAUACGAAGUUACGAGCGUACACAAGCUACAAAUGAAAUGGAUGGCACCUGAGGCGUUGGAAAGCGGCAUUUUUACUUUCAAGACUGACGUGUAAGUAUAUGUUAACGAGGUCACAGUGAUGCCAAGCUUAGGCUUCUUGUGAUACAGUGUGAAGUUGAGGUUUUAGAUAACAUAGACCUUGCAAUGUACUGUUUAGAACAGUCUAAAAAAAAAAAAAAAAAGAGCACAAUUUUGAUCAUGACACUGUCUACAGUAGCGGUUAUCACUCUAUCUAAAGAAAUACUCAAGUGUUUGGAAAACAUUAGCCUGUUCCAGGUGUUAAACUUGAAAAUAAGAUAUAUAAACAGAAACUUUGAGCCGAUGAGGUUAAUCUGAAACGAUUUUGGAUCCUAGAUUCCACGCUCCACAUCCCGCACUCCAGAUAUUAGAUUCCGAAUUCCAACUCAGUGUAUUCCAGCUUUCAAAAGGCCCAGAUUCCAGAAUUUCAUAGUUAGCAGGAUUCCGGAUCCCAAAGUCCAUGACUCCAAACAAAAAUUUUCUGGAUUACCAUCCAUGGGGCGAGAUAAACAGAAAACAUAAAUUGAUAUUUUGAUAAACAAAAUUGAUAUUUCUAUGAAGUUAAUUCUUGCUAGUUCUUUAUCUGCUUCCUUUUACUCCAGGUGGUCUUUUGGAGUUGUUUUGUGGGAACUAGCCACCAUGGGUAAGCUACUUUUAUAAAUCUUUUUAUACUGAUGCUGGUAGAAUAAUACUCUAGUCAUUUUCCUAUACCCGAGGGAAUUGAGAGUAAUCCCCAAUGACAGUAGUUAGGGAAAAGCUGACUGUUCAGUUUUAGGAUAGCAGUCACGGGAGAAUCGAACCGUUUUAUAAAAGAAGCCAUUCUUGCAUACCUUCGUGAUUGCUAAACAACUACAAAAAGUAAUAGGCUAACUUCCGCCGCUCUCCCAGCCGUCUUUACCGGGGAGGAGCGCAGGCUCAUAAUAAUCCAGCCUAUAAGUCAUACCCUUAACCACAACUUGACCUGAUAUCACGUGUCACUUGGCGAAAUGAAUACUCAGUAAUGCUAAACUUGUACAUAGAAGAUAUUACACGGUAGCGCGAAGAUAUGAAUUUUAUUUUCGAGUGCCAAAACAAUAUUUUACGAACGAGCGCAGCGAGUGAGUAAAAUGUCGUUUUUUCCACGAUAAAAUAAAAUUCAUAUCUUCAAGCCGCCGUGUAAUGUUAUUUUCAUUAUAUAGACAAAAAGACAUCGAUAAAAUAAUAGCGGGAAAUGACCGAAAUUACGUCAUCGAUAAACUCACGUGUGAGAUUAUGGAAAACAAACCACUCGUGUCCCGGAUGUAGCUUUUAUGAAUUUUACGAGUGGUAUAUUUUCCAGUAAAACACUCGUGUCUAUAUAAUAAAUUAAGUUAUUUUAAUCCCUCCUGGAGAUUGGUAAAUUGAUAAUACACAAUGGUCAUUGAACUGAGUGGAGAGCAAUUUGGUCUGAAAUCAUACGCGCUAUUUCACGCGCGAGUUCGAUUUGAGAUCAGAAGUAUGACUUAAGACUAAAAUUGCACGACACGAAGUGAAAUUAUCACUUUAUUACAGCCAUUUUGAAAUGGCAGAAUUCAAUCUGUACCAGCAGUGAUUGGCCGUGGCACUAGAUAAGUUAGCUCGUUAUAAUUAUCCCCCAUACUCGUUUCUGAAGCCAUGCUAAGAGAUGCUUUAAGUGAUGUGAAUGAAGUUAUUCGAGUGGCAGGUCAUCUCAUUAAGACAGUGCGCUUUGCUGAUGAUCAAGCAACCUUAGCCACUUCAGUUAAAGGUCUGCAACUUAUGACGGGUAAAAUGCUGGAAAGCGCGGGGGAAUAUGAUAUGAAGAUCAAUGUUAAGAAGACUAAGGCGAAGAAAAUCAGUAAGAGGCCCGGUGAGGAAUUUACGAUCUUUCUUGAGGGUAAUCAAUUAAGUCAAGAAUCGUCUCACCUUAACUACCUUGGGAGCCUUAUUACACAGAAUGGAUCCUGUGAAAAAUAAAUUAGGUCUAGAAUAGCCCAAAAACGCGUUUACUAAGAAAAAAGAACUGCUGACAAAAGCCUUCAGCGCGCUAGCCUUUGCCUGAAGAAGAGAAUUAUAAAGACUGUCAUCUGGGGUACUCUUCUGAAUGGAGUCGAAUGAUAGACCUUAAAGAAAGAGGACGUGCGAAGGCUGGAGAGCUGUGGGAUGUGGCUUUGGAGAAAGGUUUUAAAUAUAACUUGGUCUGACAAAAUCUGUAACGAAGAAGUACCGAGGCGUGUCGGUGAGGAGAGGGCCAUCAUAUCUGUUAUUAACAGAAGACAGAGAAGCUGGCUUGGUCAUACCCUGCGACAUGGUGAUCAUGUCCCAUUAGUUAUUGAGGGAGGAAUACCAGGAAAGAGACCACCUGGGAGACUUCCAUCGGGAAUACUGGCUAGAGUGAAGGAUGGCAGCUCUUAAUUAGCGGUCAAGAGGCGUGCCUUAGAUCGAGAACCAUAGGGAAGGAUUUACCUGUGGGCAGAUCCAAUAGCCUGCUGAAAAACGGAAACAAAAGGGCUUUUACAGCUAAUUUUGUUUUCGAAACAGAAAUGAUGCGAUAUAAAGCAAGGUGUGUCGGUGCGACGUGGUUUAGAACAUAAAUAACUCGAUUUAUAAUUAACAGAUGUGUUUGUGUGAUUCGUAAAUAAAUCACUCUGCUGAGAGCAAUCAGAUUGCAGGGAUCGCCAGCGAUUUCAAAAUGAAAAAUUAGAAAAGCCUGAUAAUCUUUGAUAAGACAGCAUUGAUCUUUAUUUUGUUAUUUUAGGGGGUACUCCAUACCCUGGGAUAACCCCUUUGAGGCUAUGCAGUUUGCUUAACUCUGGAUAUCGGAUGGAGAAACCUAACACGUGCAGCGAUGAAAUGUAAGUCAGAAUAGAAAUAAUAAAAGACGUCCGAGAAGAGGACACGAUGAAGAAAUACUUACAUAGUCCUUAAAACAGUUUUUUUUUUUUCUAAAAUUGUCAGCCUUUUCAAAGGAGUGGAAACUGCAGCUCGCCUCUUUCCUUUACGUUGCACCAUUCUAAAAAGAGCCUAUAGAACAUAUUAAGUGUCUUCGAUAUUCAAAGUAAAUAGAGACAUAUCUUUGUGUAGUGGUAUUUUAAACUACGGCUUCCUUUCUCAACAGAUACAAAUUGAUGAUGGACUGCUGGAAGGAGGAUCCAAAUGAACGACCCUCAUUCAUUCAACUAAUCCCGAUACUAGAAGAGAUGAUGACAGAAGAUACCCCUUACUAUUAUUUCAGACUACUGGAUCAGAACCAGCCAUGUUACCGUGAGGCAUCCGCUACUAACACCAGUAACAUUAGUACUCUUGAUACCGCCCACAAGCUGUAA